AUGUUCCAUGGGGAUAAGUUCCAUGUGGAUAUGUUCCAUGAGGAUACGUUUCAUGUGGAUAUGUUCCAUGAGGAUACGUUUCAUGGGGAUAAGUUUCAUGGGGAUAAGUUCCAUGGGGAUAAGUUCCAUGGGGAUAAGUUCCAUGGGGAUAAGUUCCAAGAGGAUACGUUUCAUGGGGAUAAGUUCCAUGGGGAUAUGUUCUAUGGGGAUAAGUUCCAUGGGGAUAAGUUCCAAGAGGAUACGUUUCAUGGGGAUAAGUUCCAUGGGGAUAUGUUCCAUGAGGAUAUGUUUCAUGGGGAUAUGUUCUAUGGGGAUAAAUUCCAUGGGGAUAUGUUCUAUGGGGAUAAGUUCCAUGUGGAUAAGUUCCAUGGGGAUAAGUUCCAUGGGGAUAUGUUCCAUGGGGAUAAGUUCCAUGGGGAUAAGUUCCAUGGAGAUAAGUUCCAUGGAGAUAAGUUCCAUGAGGAUAAGUACCAUGGGGAUAAGUUUCAUGGGGAUAAGUUCCAUGGGGAUAUGUUCCAUGGGGAUAUGUUCCAUGGGGAUAAGUUCCAUGGGGAUAUGUUCCAUGGGGAUAAGUUCCAUGGAGAUAAGUUUCAUGUGGAUAAGUUCCAUGGGGAUAUGUUCCAUGGGGAUAAGUUCCAUGGGAAUAAGUUCCAUGGGGAUAAGCUCCAUGGGGAUAAGUUCCAUGGGGAUAAGUUCCAUGGAGAAAAGUUCCAUGGGAAUAAGUUCCAUGGGGAUAAGUUCCAUGGGGAUAUGUUCUAUGGGAAUACGUUCCAUGGGGAUAUGUUCCAUGAGGAUACGUUUCAUGGGGAUAAGUUCCAUGGGGAUAUGUUCCAUGAGGAUACGUUUCAUGGGGAUAUGUUCUAUGGGGAUAAGUUCCAUGGGGAUAAGUUCCAUGGGGAUAUGUUCCAUGGAGAAAAGUUCCAUGGGGAUAAGCUCCAUGGGGAUAAGCUCCAUGGAGAUAAGUUCCAUGGGGAUAAGUUCCAUGGGGAUAAGUUCCAUGGGGAUAAGUUCCAUGGGGAUAAGUUCCAUGGGCUGGUAGCUACUAUCCUCCUGACACCGUCUCUCCCGUCCUCAGGUAUGGAGGGGGACACAGACCUCCAGUUCCUGCUGGUGGGUGGAGACCUUCUGAAGGUGAGAUCUUCCUCCUGGAAGAAGACCCGCUUCUACAAGCUACAGGAAGACUGCCAGACCAUGUGGCACGAGUCCAAGAAGACCUUCAAGUCCAACCAGACCUUUUCCAUUAAGGACAUCUCGGCGGUGCGUGCUGGCCGUCAAUCGGAGGGUCUGAGGAAGAACACAGAGGCGCCGGUGGAGGGGAGAUGUUUCUCCAUAAUCUUCAAGGGCAGAAGAAAGACCCUGGACCUGAUGGCCAGCUCUGAGGAGGAGGCCAAGCAGUGGGUCACCAGCCUGGAGAAGAUCAUGUCCAUCAUGGAGAACCUUAACAGUCAGCAGAAGACUGAGCAUUGGAUCUUCAACUGCCUUAGGAAAGCAGACAAGAACAGUGACGACAAGCUGAGUCUGAAGGAGCUGAAGGACUUCCUGCACCAGAUCAACAUCGAGGUGGACGAUGAAUACGCAGAGAAGCUCUUCCAGGAGUGUGACCAGUCUAAGUGUGGCCACCUGGUUGGUGAUGAGAUAGAGCACUUCUACAGCCUUUUGACCCAUCGCCAGGAGAUAGACACCAUCUACAGAGAAUACGCUAAGACCACGGGCUUCAUGAGCGCUGGAAAUCUACUGGAGUUCCUGAUUAAAGAGCAGAGAGAGGAGGCAACGCUAGCCGAUGCACACAGACUCAUCAACAAGUACGAACUGGAUGAUAAAGCCAAAGAGAAGCAGCUGAUGACCCAAGAUGGUUUCCUGAUGUAUCUCCACAUGCCCGAGGGUCUGGUGCUGAACCCUACCCAUAAGGCCGUGCACCAGGACAUGAGCCAGCCCCUGAACCACUACUUCAUCUCCUCGUCUCACAACACAUACCUGAUGGAAGACCAGCUCAAAGGGCCCAGCAGUACUGAGGCCUAUGCCAGGGCUCUUAUAAAGGGCUGUCGCUGUGUGGAGCUGGACUGCUGGGACGGGUCAGACGGAGAGCCAGUCAUCUACCACGGAUACACCCUCACUUCCAAGAUCCUGUUUAAAGACACCAUCAAAGCCAUCAAGGAGUACGCCUUUAAGACCUCGGACUACCCAGUGAUCCUGUCCUUGGAGAAUCACUGUAGUGUGGAGCAGCAGAGGGUCAUGGCCCAGCACAUGAGCUCCAUCCUGGGCAGCGCUCUGCUCACCUCCCCCCUGGGGGACCGGAUGCCCACAGACUUCCCCUCCCCAGAGGAGCUGAAGGGGAGGUUCCUGGUCAAAGGGAAGAGGUUAACUAAACUGGAGGCCUGCUUUGGCCCUGAGGAGACAGCCGUGGAUGAUGGUAGCUUAACUGAGGAGGAGGAGGAUGACAAAGAGGAGGAGGAGGAAGAGGAGAAGAAGAAGGCCAAGCUGAAGCUGGCUAAGGAGCUGUCAGACAUGGUGAUCUACUGUAAGAGCGUCAAUUUCAACGGAUUCCAGGACGCUAAAGAUAACCUGGGCUUCUACGAGAUGUCCUCCUUCAAGGAAAGGAAAGCUGUGGCGUUGGCUGAGGAGUCUGCCAACAGCUACAUCCAUCACAAUGUGGACAAGCUGAGUCGUAUCUAUCCAGCAGGCAGCAGAACAGACUCCUCCAACUAUAACCCUGUACCCUUGUGGAACGCAGGCUGUCAGAUCGUGUCCCUGAACUUCCAGACCUCCUGUAAUGACAUGGAUGUGAACCAGGGUCGGUUCCUGACCAACGGGAAGACAGGAUACGUCCUAAAGCCAGCCUACAUGAGGGACCGGGGGUCAGAGUUUGACCCCAUCACUCUGACCACGGGACCGUGGCUGCAGCACAAGACGCUCCACAUCAUGAUCAUCUCAGCGCAGCAGCUUCCAAAAGUGAACCAGAAAAAGACAUCCAUCGUGGACGCUCUGGUGAAAGUGGAGAUACAUGGGGUGCCUGCUGACACCGCAGAUAAACAGACGCCGUACAUCGGGAACAAUGGUUUCAACCCGAUGUGGAAUGACAACUUUAAGUUCGAUGUGUACGUGCCAGAGCUGGCCCUGGUUCGCUUUGUGGUCGAGGACCACGACUCUGUUACUGAUAAUGACUUCGUCGGACAGUUCACCGUACCAUUCACCAGUUUACAGAUGGGAUACAGACACGUGCCGCUACUCAACAAGGAAGGAGACCCCCUUCCCUCAGCAGGACUGUUCGUACACAUCAUGAUCAUGGAUGCCUAAAACAAUCCCUGUCCGAAUGUGCCAUAAUCACCACUGUGACUGUCGUCCAGUCCCAAACAGACCUUCAGCCCUAUACCACUACACCCUAGGGCACUAGAGUGGAUCUGAAAUGAUUGAAUAUGUGUAAGGGCUAGGGGUUGGUUUGGGAUUGGGCCCUAGGGAGGCGGGGCUAGGGGUUGGUUUGGGAUUUGGCCCUUGGGAGGCGUGGCUAGGGGUUGUUUUGGGA